CAAAGCAACGAAUGCGUGCAUCAUUCGCAUAAUUGCUUCUGAAGUCAGUUGGCUGCUUCUGAAAAAAAGGUUAGGGACCUCAUUGCUGCGGAGCGACACGAUAAUUGCCCUUUAGCCUCUCCCACUAACGAGUCACUUCCUUAUUAGACUCACUCUGUACCUGCAACGGCAUAAACAAGGUUUCAGCUUUGCUGAUGGACAUACAACAACGGCUACUGCGAUAAAAACACCCGACUUCAAUCUUCUGCUCAACCAACUUAAAACCCCUCCCAUCUCAUAAUUUUAUGAAGCGUGCCUGAAAGGAAGUAUAAUCAUACGUUUGAAGAUAAUGUCGAAACCUGAUGGAUUACUUCCAAACUGCCACGAAGGUUGCGACUUAUGGACAAAUGCCAUUGCAUCAUCUUCAUUUUGUCAUGAUGUCUGUGAAGAAGACACAACAAUAUUCAAGAAAAAAUCGAGUCUUUAUUGCGUCAGAGGUUGCAACAUAGCAAUAAACCUAUAUAUUCAAUCUUUGGAAGAAGAGAUAGGGACUCCCGCAGCGCCAUACUUAGUGGCUGAGACGCGGACAAAUAGCUCCAUCACAAUCGAAUGGACGGCGGCAAGUCCAUAUCUCAAUAUAUCUUAUCUGGUGCAAUACCGAUAUUCUCAUUCGUCUGACUGGGAAUAUUACAAGCCUCAUAAUUUGCUGAAAGACAACUGGCUCAAAGUUGAAGACUUACAUCCAUACACAAAAUAUCGAGUGCGUUUGAUUUUAUUAUUACACGGAUUUGUAAAGAGUAUUAUACUUAACGAAAAGGCAGACUUUAAAUAUAAAUAGAAAUUGUAUUUCUUCCUGUGUUUCUCAGAUAAAUUUCUUUUCCUAGUAUUACAUUAUAAACUCUUAAAUAUCUAAAGCAAAAUGCGUUUUAUGAGGUAUACAUGAACAAAUAUAGUAAUCGAUCUAGAAAGUGUUUAAUUAAGGCCACAAGAUAGCCCACGACCAGAAAACUUAAUAUCCUUACAUCAUAAAGGCAUACAUAUCUAGUGCAAAGUUUACAGCAUUCACACUGAAUGUUAAUGUAACAAAAUGUUUCACAGAGGGAAUAAAAUACUGUCCAGAUUUUUUUUACUGAUAUAAAUAUGAUACACAAAAAUUACCGACACAUGUUUGGUAGGCAAAAUUUGCAAAAAUUCAAAACUUUGUUUCAUAGGAUCACUAAUAUACACAGUGAAAACAAAUAAGAUAAAAUUUACACAGUGAAAACAAAUAAAAUAAAAUUUGCACA